GAUUAUCCGAUAUCAGCAUGUUAUCUGACAAAUUCAUUCUAUCCUGCACUCUUUCUAUUAAUAAAUGUACAAAUGUAGAAUAUAAUUUAUCACGUUCUAUUGAUAUUUUACGGUUUGAAAAAACGAAAGUAUAAAAAAAUGCAGUGCUAUAAUUUUUUUCUCUUUUUGAUGGUGUUUUUUCUCAAAUUAAAAUUAAAAUUAUUGCCUGAUAUUUGCCUGAUAGAAAAUUAUCCCUUUUGACAGAUCUGCUCUUCAUGAGCGUGCUCAAAAGCUUUGGUCGGAGAUGACAAGUCUUCGGGAAAAACUGGACAAAGAGACAGCUCUUUGGAGAAAGGAGAAGGAGGAAUUUCAGUUUUUACAUGAAAGAAGCAACGCUCUUGCAUUUGAAGAGGCAACCGCGCGAGCCGCGGCGGUUUACGUUGAAUCGCCAUUCUCAAACGAUUUAAGUAAUAUCAUAAAUAUCUCGUCAGAAGGCAGCAUACGAGAACUCGCGAUACUCGAAUACGAGAAAAAUCUUGCCAAGUACCAUGAUCAGUACUCCUUCGAACAAGCCGAGCAACGUUACAACUCAUACAAACGCAUGCUCGCCGAUGCCUAUAAGCAAAAGCUGUUGGAGGUCGAGCGUCUGUGUGAUGAGGAAUUGGAGAACAUACGGCAAAACGCGAGUUGCUUGCAGUCGUUCAAAGAGAUCGCAUCGCAAUGGUCCCUCGACGAGAACGAUCACGGUGAUUCGCAGCGUAGUUGCGAUCAACCAGACGCAGAGCUAUCCAAGAUUGUUGAGACAAGCCUAGGCAAUGAUUGGUGCAUAUACGGAAAAAUUGAUAAUGAAGUUAAUAUGUUCCCGGAAAUUUUAUCCGCCCGUUUCAAACAAGAAGAAGCAACAUAAUAUCUCAUUAUCAUGCUCCUUAUCUUUAUUAAUUA